CUGACGAGCUUACCGGAAGGAGUAGUUCCGAGCAUACCGGAACUAGUGAGGCAGUCCGGAACUGAUAGCUGAGACGCCAUAUUGAUAUAUAAGUUGAGCUGUUAUUAUCUGGCAGAUUCUGUGCAACUACAGACCAUCCAAGGAAGAUGUCUGCAGAGAAGAUCCUGUCCAAUACACAGGCAAAACGGCUAAUUCCGCCCUCGGAGUUAGCCAGUUUGGUGACUGCCCUACCUGACAAGGCCAAAGCUAUUGAGGCUUUGUUGGGGCAGGUGGACCUAGCCAAAAGGUCCAAGAAGAAGGGCUGGGCUAAAGGUUUAGCCAGGGAAUUGGACAAACUCCAGUUCUACAGCCAUUCAUGGAUUAGCCAGAAUGUCCAUGAAUUGCCAGCUACUAAAAAGCUGGUGUGGAAGGAAGAUCCAACAGGGACCUCCAAAGACAUUCGCCUGGCUAUUGAUCCAUCAAUCCAGGUGAUUCGCUCCGACUGUGGGACCAAACCCCACACGUCGUCAGAGUCCAUCGCCCUGUUGGAUGAGUUCGACAUGGAGGUAGAAGUGGAGUCUGGGGAUGAGAGGAAGUUGCUGGCCAGUCCACCCUGUUCACCUCUCAAGCCAAAGCCAGUUAGCCCUGUCAAACCAAUUGUCAGGGCUAGCUCCCCAAGGAAGUCCUGGGCUGAGGCAAUGGAGUUGGAGGUCCCUCUAACUCUUGUAGCCACAGCAGCCCCUCCAUCGUCGGAGACUGUGACCAUAACACAGUCUGCCGCCCAGAGGUCAUACGCCAGUGUUGUGACUUCAGGGCCUUCGGAUAGCCAAAAGCCGAAUGUGGUCGAGCGUCUCCUGAAGUUAUCUCAGGAAAAGGCCUCUGCUAGUUCUGACCAACCCAAAGGUCAGAAUAAGGACCCUAAGAGUAGGAGAAAUCCGAGUGGCCAAAACACUCGGAGGUCACACUACUCUGGGGGUGAGCGCCUUGACCGGAGGAGACCUGCACCGACCACUGGGGACCAUGGCUCCGCUCCGAAGGAGAAGCACUCCAGGGUAGUGCCCGCCAGUGUCCCAAAGACAUCUCGGUGCCCAGUGCCGGGUUGUUGUGGGAAUUUCACACAAAAGCAUGCCAUGGAGGCCCACCUCCCUGGUGUCUUUUGGCUGUGUGUUAGUGGUGAAAGUGUCACCAAUAGAAGGAUAGGGGCAUUGAAGCUAGUGGUCAGGUGGCUACUGGGGUUUAGCAGUACUUUGCUGAAUCUUGUGGUUUACUUGGAGAGUGUUGGUGUGCCGGUUUCCCAUGAAACCUGCUCCAGCGAUCUCCAGAAGGCAGCGCACGAGUUCUGUGAGGCUCUUAGGGUGCCCGUACCCGAAGACCUCAGUCUAAAGAAACGAGGUAAUGCUGUGACAGUAUUGUUGCAGUGGCGUUGUCUUCUGACCUUGGUUUCAAUGUUGGAAAGACAUCAGGAAGACAGUUUGAAAUCCAUGUUCGAACUGUCUCCUGAAGAGAAGGAACUCAUUCUGAGUGUCCCGAAGGCAUUUGACAGCCAUUGUCAUUUGGAUAGGACAGGGAGGGAUAUGGCCUUGUCUAUUCCAUCAUUGGCUGCCGUUUGUGCCGGGAAGGCUCGGGGUGACGAAUUCGAGGUCAAGGUCACGGGAGCAGCAACCAUUUGCUGUGACCCUGACAACUAUCCUUCGGAUUCACUGAUCCAAUCCUGGGUCGAUGAAGGUGUUGUCGUUGUUUGUGGCAUCCAUCCCAAGACGGAUGUCACGGACAAGAGGUUAGAGCGCUUGGCCAAGAUUUUGGAAAAUCCAAAUGUGGCCGGCCUCGGUGAGGUUGGAGUGGACCACACUCCCCAGCCUGAUACCUGGUCCAACCAGAUUUUGGGCUUGGAGAGGGUCUUGAACUUGCUCAAACCUGAGCAUAUUCUAGUGUUGCAUGCACGCAGCAUGUUGGAUGUUGGGGAUGAGGCCAUCUUGUCCCUAAUGUACCAACUAGCAAGCCAUCCAAAGGUGCAGAGGGAGCAGUUGAUACAUCUCCACUGCUUCUCUGGUACCAAGGUGGUCAUGGAUCGUUGGAUAGAGCAGUUCCCAAAUACUUAUUUUGGGUUUACCUCCAUGGUAAGACUGUUCAAGCCAUCGAAUCCUGACCAGAUUGCUGCUGUCCGUGACAUUCAGCCCAGCCGAAUGUUACUGGAGACUGAUGCGCCGUACUUUGCACCACAGGGGUAUAAACGUUCGACUCCGGCUUUGAUCGGUACGGCAGCUGCCUGUGUCGCCCAGCUGACACACCGUGAUUGGCGGGAUGUUCUGCAGCAGACCAAUGCUAAUGCAGAACGUCUGUAUCUCGAUCGGAAGGCCCCUGCCUCCGAUUGAGUACUUGGAGUAGCGUCCUGGCUGGAAGGGGUACGGUCCGGUCAGGUAGGUCCUGUUGUCCAGCCCUCUGGCACUUGGCCGAGUACCAGUACCGGUUUGAACCCGGGAAGCUCUAGUCUGCCCUAGGACUAGAGAGGCGUCUGCGAUGGGUUAACUUCCGUGAGCCACAGUCCCCUCCUAAAGAAUAGGACGGGGAGGAGUGUAGUACCGUAUGGUAAAGGUUCCGGAAGUUAACGAAGUCUGACGAGCUUACCGGAAGGGGUAGUUCCGAGCAUUCCGGAACUAGUGAGGCAGUCCGGAACUGAUAGCUGAGAGUACGACGCCAUAUUGUUAGACGUUACAUAAGUUAUUGUUAUCUGGCAGAUUCUGUGCAACUACAGACCAUCCAAGGAAGG